ACAUUGUCUUACGGUAUACCAGGGGUUCUACCCAACGUUCAUUUGUAUAAAGGGUGCCGGACGCCUCAGGGUCCGAUGUUGGCGUACCUAACUACGUCAGCCGUCGAGGCUCCUUAGCUUGUACGCUAUCAUCGUCGCAUCUAGUUGUCUGUCCAUCGCCCUGGAGGUUCCUUCGUACGACUUGGUCGCGUCGUGCUACAAAACACUUCUGACGCUGUGGUGACCUCGUAACAUGGACGGACCAGUACCCACUGACCUGAGGGAGAACGGAGCCACGUUGAAGAAGGUGUCCACUACCGAGUCGUACACAUUUCAAAACCAACAAGGUUGGCGAAAAUGGCGUAUCCUACGACCAGGUCGUGGUAUGUACCACGAUGUCAAGCGACGACUACCAUACUAUUGGAGCGACAUCACAGACGCCUUCACCUAUCGAGUGGUUGCUAGCACAAUCCGCAUGUACUUCAUCAACGUUCUACCAGCUAUUGCUUUCACACUAGACAUGUACCGCCGAACUGGCGGAUUCUUCGGUGUCAAUGAGGCAUUGCUCGCAUCUGCAUUAGCUGCUAUGGUGUUCAGUCUUCUCUCUUGCCAACCACUUACCAUCGUUGGAGUAACUGGUCUGAUUGCACUUUUCAAUUAUACGAUAUACGACAUCAUCGAGAGGUACGACCCUGCCAUCUAUCCAGCGUUCACGGCAUGGGUAGGAAUCUGGGCAGCGAUCUUUCACUGGGUUGUUAGCUUCGGAAACUUCUGCGAUUACAUGGCGUAUGUCACAGACUUCUCUAGUGAGUCUUUUGGCAUGUAUGUGGGUAUUGUCUAUUGCAUUAAGGGAGUCGAAGAACUUGUCUACCUUUUUGAGGCCUCUGGCUUCGAGGGUGGAUAUCUUUCUAUCGUAAUUGCUAUGUUGUUCUUCGGUUCCGUGUACGGCCUCGAGAAAAUCGGCAGCAGCACGAUAUGGAAGCCUUGGGUCCGCGGUAUCCUCGCCGACUACUCAUUCGUCUUUCCAACUCUGUUUUGGGUGGGCUUCUCACACUUCCCUGGACGUCUGGGCAGAACUGAGCAGUACCGUGUUCCUACUGUUGGUGCGUUCCAGCCUACGCAGCCUCGCGACUGGGUCAUCGAAUUUUGGACACUUGAUGCCAAAUGGGUGUUUGUAGCCCUACCUUUUGGCUUUCUGAUGAUGCUUCUGUUCUACUACGAUCAUAAUGUGUCUUCUCUUACCGCGCAGGCACGUCAGUUCCCCUUGAAAAAGCCAGCUGGGUUUCAUUGGGACUUUUUCCUGCUUGGCUGCACCUGCUUUGUGUCUGGAAUUAUCGGGCUGCCGUUGCCGAACGGCCUCGUACCCCAAGCGCCUGUACAUACAGAUUCCUUGACAGUUUAUGAGACUCGUCUUGAGGUCAUAGAGACUACUGACGGCGACGAGAUUCGCAAACCGCUUGUCGAAGCUACAGCAGUUGUCGAGCAGCGAGUCAGUCACUUCCUGAUGGGCAUGGCGAUCUGGGGCACCAUGACUGGGCCGCUCUUGACCGUUCUGAGUACCAUGCCUGCAGCAGUGUUUGCCGGUGUCUUCUUCGUUGUCGGUUGGGGAUCCAUUGAAAGCAAUGGUAUUCUUGCUAAGUUUUGGUACCUCAACUCCGAAAAGCGAUUCGUCGAUCCAAAGAACCCGCUCAAUGUCGUUCCUCGCAGGAAGAUAUGGAUGUACAUUGGCCUUCAAGCACUCGGCGUCGCGUGCACAGUAGCCAUCUCGCAAACUAUUGCUGCUAUCGGCUUUCCGGUCCUCAUCAUCGCCCUUAUCCCACUGCGUACAUUUCUGAUGCCCAAAUGGUUUUCUGUGCACGAGCUUUCGGCUCUCGAUGCGCUUACGGCGAACAACCCGGCUGUGCUGGUCAGCUUUGGAGGCACACCGGCCAAAAUGAAGGACCUGGAGCAAGACUUUAACGACACUUUAAGGGCUUCUGGUGAUUCUGCACAGGGAAAUGGCUAUGAUUUGAGUCGUGCUAGAUCGCGGGGCAGUCGAAGCCGCAGUGCUGUGCGCCAGCGUGCUGGAAGCUUGCACGUGUAGACAGAGCACAGAGAGUUGCUCACAUCUUGCAGACAAGCGCGUAUGGAAGAAAUG